GUGGGGUUCCGCCUGCAGGGCCGCCAGCACAAUAUAACUUGGCGAGCUCCGCAGCAGACAACACUUGCCUGGACGCCUCCACACGCUCGACAGCCGCGGAGAUGGGCCCAAGCACGUUCAUCCUUGGAGUUCUGAUGCUAAAGGCAGUCUCUGUGGCAUCAAAACCGCAGAUAAAGCCCGAGGAAGUUGUCAUUCUUGAACAAGAGAACAACUUCAAUGGCGUCGACCCCUGGCGCUGGAGCUACAAGACGAGCGACGGUCAGUCCCACGAAGAGUCUGGAGCACUGACGCCAGACGGGGAGUCGGUGGCGCUACAGGGCGGCUACACGUGGACGUCUCCAGAGGGCAUCACCUUCACUGUCACGUACACGGACGACGACGACCGCGGCUUCGUCCCCACUGUUACCCAGCAGGGAGCAGGUGGCGUGCCCAAGCCUCUGGAGCCGCAGUUCGGCGGCAGUCGCGUGCAGCCGCAGGCACGGCCAGGCGGUUUCUCCAGGCCGGCGGGCGCAGGUGCCGGCGGAAGCCCAAGGCGGCCGGGAGCAGGAAAAUAGGGGAUACCCGGCUACUCCGGCAGCGGGGCGACGAGGUUUACAGGCUGAAAGCAACGUGGCGCUCCGUGUAACAAAAGCACUAACAAGGAGACCACACGGCACGCGGACUUCUUUUAAUUUUUCUUAAAUUUAUGGUACGUGAAGUUCAAGACACAAAUAUCAACCAAGCUGAGCAGAGCACAGCAGCUCUCGGAAAUUCCCGAGAAAACAGACGUCGUAGAUUUCCGACUAUCUUUAAUACUCUACUCUUAUUUACUUUACCAGACCAGGACAUGAACAAUGCUGAUGGUGCAUUAAUAACUUCAGAAAUUAAUUACAGGCAACUUAUCCAUGUGAGAGAAAAUUCAGUACAGUAGAAGCAGAAAGUAAUAACAAUAAAAAUACUAAGAUUUAUAUGUAGCACAAAAAUUUAUGAAGAACAGACAGGAACAUAAGGAAAAAAAAACGAACAAGCAGCAGGAUACUUUUCUUCGUAUUCUGUCGAGAGCCCAUGGUUUUGACUGCAGCUUUGUUUGCUGCAACAAGAUCACCAGUAGUAGAGGUAUCUUGCAAUUUCCUACUGAUUGGCAGCUGUUAUUGGUGCUACAGGUCUCCAUACGGGCAAAUUCUAGCACGACUGCUGAAGCCCCGUUUCCGGAGGUUGACUUUGAACCGAGACCUCUAACUCCUUAGCUUGUUCACCGCCUUCCAUGUCCCGUAAGGAAAUGCGAAAACUGGAACAGCAGGGAGUCGAAACGUUUGAGAUGUAGUGCUAAAGAAGAUCGGUGAAAAUCAUGUGGACCGACAAGAUAAGUAACGAGGAGUUUCUCGGCAGAAUCGGUGAAGGAAGGAACAUACGAAAACACUGAUAAGAAGAAGGUACAGGAUAAAAGGACAUGUGUUAACCCAUCACGGAAUAACCUCCCUGACAGUACAGGGAACUCUAGAGGAUAAACGCUGUUGGAAAAGGCAGAGAUUUGAAUACAUCAACAAAUAAUUGAAGACGUAGGGUACACGUGUUACUCUGAAGCUUACAAUACAUGAAGACGGAAAAAUGUCUCUUUUUGGUUAUUCUUUUCCCGUUUCUUCACUCUUCGAUUCGAAUAUGUACGUUAUUUAAAUUUAAAACUCGUCAAAGAUAAUCUAAUUAACACAUAUCUAAUUGUGACUUUUAUGAAAUAUACACGUCUUCUAAUUUAUAAUUACAUAUCGAACAUAAAAAUCCAGUUCACAUUGCAAAUGCAAAUACUUGAUUACGGAACACUUACAAAAGAUUAUUAAGAAAGAUUUUCUCCAUCUUUACGUAUUUUACGCCUUAUCGAAAUGUUCGUGAAACAUGCACCUUCGUUCAAAACUUAGUUCCCUAUAAAUCAAGCCCAUCUUCCCCCUCCCCCUCCGCCAAGUGGCAGAAAGCACUUUAUUACAGAGCCUCGCUGGUUGUCGAAUAAACUGGACUAUUAGGGAUGGUCUUAAAUCUUAACAGUCGAUUUUUUAGAGAAUUUUUGAGAGUUCCGUCGAGUUGCUUUGGUUUAUUGAUAUUUAAAUAGUGAACUUCACUAACCUUAAAUAUCAAACGUUCAAAAAUCCUAUUGCUCUGAGGUCUCCUUAAAAGUAAAUUACAACACAGUAACAUCUUAGGGGACUGGUCUGCUAAUUUGUCUUUGCGAACGACUGCUAAACCAAACUUCUAGCUUAUCAUUACGAAGCAACGUUAAACAAUUGCUCUGAUGUUGGUUACCUGAAUAUCAUUGUAUGUGUAAGCGAAUUAACAAAUACAAUAAUCUUUUAACAUA